AUGUGCACGCAAACCUCCAAGCACUAUGCCAUCUUCAUCGCAAUUGAUACUGAGGGCACCAGGGACAAUCUCACCGAGCUAGGUAUCUCGACUUUUGACACUCGAGAUAUUGAAAACAUCGAUCCUGGCCCUUCAGCAUUGGAAUGGUCGAAGCAGAUCAAGCCUCGUCAAUUCCGCUUCCAAGCCGGUCAGCGUCAGCCAUUCCUCUUUGGAGCUGUCGAGCAUCGAGUGCCUCUGACAGCCAUACAGCCAUAUCUCAAACUGCGCUCUGAUCGGCUGUAUAUCCUUGUCGGCCAUGCUGUAAGCCAUGAUAUCGAAAAACUUGCGCACGUCUUGGGUCAUCAGCUACGCAAUGAACCCAACGUUGUUGCUAUUGUGGACACAUAUACUCUAGCACAGCAAUGUCGCAUGAAAUUACCUGGACGGCUAUCCGAGCUCUGGAGAUUCCUUGUGAAUUCGAGCCCUGGCGAUGUCACACCAGGAGACGUUAUCAAGUUGUUCUCUCCUAGACAGCUAACCGCAGAUGUGGAUUACAAGAGUAAUCAUGCUUUUCACAAUGCCGGGAACGACGCUUUCUAUAACAUGCAUACGCUUCUGAUGCUUGCGUUACGGCCAGAGCUCUUACGAGAGCCACAGUAUGGUUCUUCUCUGGCCGGGGUCUUUUUGACCGCUCGUUCUGCUGCGUGGCAGUUGGUGAGACGCCUCACCAAAUUCACUUCACGAGGUGAUUCAAUGGUUCCAGGGUCUUUUGUCAGACGACCUGAAGGCCUGACGCUUAGGAUGAAAAAGCCAAAGACUUAG